AUGACCGUUGGUGCUGGCCAGGAAGAUGCCCGGCGGAGUUCAGCACAAGUUGCCAAUGCAUGGUUGGAUUUAAAGUCGUACAUACUGCAACAAAAACUCAAUGCCAAUGCUGAAGCCAUGCAUGUAAACGAUGGGGAUACAUUCAUCCUUAACCUUCAGGCCAGGGAUAUAAUGAACAAUACCCUUAAUGACAGUGCUAUGGUAUAUAUAGAUAGAUCCGUUCCAGAAAUACAAGAUGUAGGGAUAACAGAUAGACACUAACACAAGCAGCUGUACGUUCAUUACAGCAAAGAUUUAUCAACGAUGUCCAUCCAAUUCAGGGCCUACGAUAUACACAGCGGACUAAAGGAAAUUAAAUGGGCAUUUGGUAUACAUGAAAAUAAAACCAUUUUGAUAGAAAAAGCACUUGCAGUUACUGAUCUCGAUAUGGGUAACUGUAGCAUGGAAUCAAAAUGUUAUUGUCCAAAAAUUGGAAAAUGUGCUCUCACGACAUAUAUAGCUGAUUUGAAAAAUCUUAAAACUUAUAACAGACAUAUAGGAGACCAUAAUCGCCGUUACUUCUUUACGUUGAAAGUAACAAACAAAGCUAGUCACUUAGAUAUUCUUAGAGAUGAUUCCCCACCGGCAGUUGGUGUUGUUUUAGAAGGCCCAAUUGGAAGUCCAGACAUUGAUUACACUCAUUCCGAUGAGGUAACUAUCCACUGGCAUGAUUUUAUCGACCACGAAAGUGGCAUAAAGUUGUAUAAAGUGACUCUAGGAAGGGAAUAUUAUAGUCAAAUUAAAGACUUUUUGACUAGGAAACACGACGGUGUUAAUAUAUAUGAAACUAAUCAUGAUUCCAUUAAAAUAAAAUUUCAGAACGGGGAGGGGCAGUAUUUUGUUUCAAUAAUAGCUUACAAUAAUGCAAUGACUCCAUCAAUAGUUGUCUGUUCUGAUGGCAUUACCUUUGAUAAAACUGUACCUAUAAUAGGGUAUGUUUCAGUCAAACACUCCAACAUUAAGGAAACAAUUGCCUGUGAUAGUGGUACUUCUUGGCUUAUCACAGACAUCUUAUCUAAAGUCAAGUUACAAGGAGAUGAAUGCAGGCAAAUAUGUAUGAACACAACAACGGAUAGUAUCUUAACAAUAUUGCCUGAGGACAUUAGAUCGAGAGCUAAUUCAGAAACUGUUUCUACAUUUUUGUGUACCAAACUUGAUAGAUACAAUCAAAAUACAAUCUUCACACCUUCUGAUCUUUUCGAAAUGUCCUGGAAUAUCCAGGAAGAUCUUAGUCAAAUUGGAAAUAGCUAUAUAGGAUUUGGAAGCGAUACAAAUCAACUUGACCACCCAGCUCUCCUGGAUUAUAUUAGCGUUCCGCAUCCUACACAAUACAUUCAGCACCAUCCCGGUUUGAUUGGAGAGCAAAAUAUCUACAUAUUUAUUAAGGUCCAUAAUAGAGCUGGUCUUGAGACGAAAGUCUGGUUCGGAUCUGUUAUUGCCGAUGAAACACCACCUGUUUGCCCUUCUACUGUACAUGCUUUCUUGGACAACGAUACGUAUGUGGUUAUCAAUUGGACACGUAGUAAUUUGUUUGAUACCGAGCAAAUAGAUGAAAUUGGAAAGAUAAUGUUUAGAUUUGAAGGAUAUUAUAAAGCUGCCGUUAAACCUUGUUUCGGACAGAUUUGCUUGGCACACGUUUUCUCUAAGGAAUUUGCUGUAGUUCAAAAUUUGAAAAGGGAUCAAAACAUAGAAACAACAAUGAUACCAAGAUCUAGCCCUGGUGCUAGUGAUUUACUUGGUUUUACCACGGUUGGUUUGGAAACAUCAGUAGUAGCUACAGAUAUACUCCUUAGGGCUGGACAAAUAUAUUUUGUCACAGUUAGAGCUUAUAAUCAUCGCAAUAAAACAGUGGAUGUUUAUUCCGAUGGUGUUAUAUAUGAUAACUCUCCACCACCAGUUGGCAUCAUUCAAGUUGAAAGCAGCUUACUAUAUGUUGUUUCGUCAUAUGAAAUUUCUGUGGAAUGGAAUGAAAUUGAGGAUAAUGAAAGUGGUAUUCGUAAAAUUGAAAUUGGUAUUGGUUCAUCAAACAGAUCUGCUGACAUUAUUCCCUUUCAAGAAUUUGAAAAUUAUGGGUUGAUAACUAAAGCAUGGGCAUUGUCUUUUUCACAAGGAGUUAUAUACUACUCAACAGUUGAAGCGUGUAAUGGAGCAGGUCUUUGUAGCACAGCGACAUCUAACGGGACAAUAAUUGAUAAUUCUGCUCCAGUACCUGGUUUGGUUGUUGUGGGAGAACCGGGCAAACAUUCAAAUUUUAUAUCUGACAGACAUACUAUUCAUGCAUCUUGGCUAGGAUUUGAAGAUCCACAUUCCGGUAUUGACCAUUUUGAGGUUUGCCUUGGGAGUUCUAUCGAUACGUGUGAUGUAAUGAAAUCCUUAAAUGUACACCUUGCCUCCUCGAUUAUCAAAACAAAGCUUAAUAUGUCAGUUGGUGUACACUAUUUCGUAUCCGUAACUGCAUGCAAUAAGGUUUACUUGUGUACGAAGAGAUCCUCACCCAGUUUUAUAGUUGAUAACACUCCACCUGUCGUAAUUGACAAACCACGUGUUUUAAGUAUACACCAAGAUAAUACAACCUCUCGCCAAAUUAUAUUCGAUCCUUCCUUUUUUAAAGUAUUUUGGAAGUUCAGAGAUAGUGAAAGUUCAAUUAUCAAAACAAUAUUAACUAUAUACAGUAAUCGUGAUUCACAUAAGCCCGUUGAUGACAUUUUUAUUUCAAAUGAAGGAGAAUUUGCAGUUCAUUUGACAGAGAACAAUAUCUUGCGACAAGGAGAUGUUUAUAUUGUUCAGAUUACGUCAUGCAAUGCUGCAUCGAUGUGUACCUCAGCUGUAAGUGACGAAUUUUUGGUUGACUCGACACCACCACAAAUUGGUGGAUUUAGAUCACCAUUAGAAUAUGAAAUACAAAACGUAACUAAUAAACUUUAUUUAAAUUUGUCCUGGUAUGGAUUUUUUGACGUGGAAACGGAUAUACGAUCCUACUAUAUCUCGGUAGUUUCCGUAAAAACUGAUGACCCUGAACUCAGUGUUGUUGGUUCAACUCGAUGCAUGGGUUCUCACUGGGCAUAUGAAUCCAACGAACAUGUUAUUCGAUUUGAAUAUAGUUUUGGAAUUAAGGGAGCAGCUAUUGGAUUGGGCGUCUUUAAUUUAAGCCAUGAAAAUAUUUGGUAUGAUGUUGGAAGAAGAACCGAGGCGUUUCACUGCCUUUUAAAAACACAGCUUACCCACAAGACACUUUAUGUUGCCUAUGUUAAGGCCUGGACCUCGUUAGACGAAUAUGCAAUAUUCGAGUCGGACCCUGUAAUUAUUGAUCACACUCCACCUGUGAUCCACAAAAAACAUUUUGUAAUGGAUUCUCUUCUGUCUUGUAACCAGGAUGUGGAUUACAUUACAUCUAACGAUAGUAUAUCAGCAUGUUGGGUGGGUGUAUUUUCUGAAGAUGAAAGUUAUAUAAAAACUAUCAUGGUCUCCCUCGGAAUGUCACAGAAUGCCCAGCAAAUAUCACAAGAUGCGAUAUCAGUAUGCGUUCAAACAGUCGAUUUGGAAAGUGGCAUUAAACAUAUUAACGUUGGUGUUGGCAGCAUACCAAACGGGUUCGAAAUACAAAGUUUAUAUCCUUUGUCAUCACAUAUGCAUCAGGUAAUAACAGGACGUUUUAGUCACGGAAUAAAUCUGUACGUUAAAGCAGAAGCUGAAAACCAUGCUGGCUUAAAAACAAUUUUCACGUCACGCUCUUUCGUUUUUGAUCAAACCCCUCCACAUAUCAGUCACAACAGAACAACUCUGGAAUAUUUGUUGACAAAUAACGAGACGUUAGUUAUGGUAAAAUCUAGGUGGUAUGUAAUAGAUGAUGAGAUUCAAGUCAUCUACUGUGAAUAUUGUAUUGGUUCAUCCUCGACGUCAUGCGAUAUAGUAAAAAUGACCCAUACAUCAGAGUUAACAUCAUUUGAAACAAAACCGUUCCAUGCCAACCACGGAUGUAAAGUAUUUGCUACUAUUCGUUGCAUCAACAAAGUACAGCUUACUGGUUAUGGUCAUUAUGGACCCUCCUUUGUAUCCUACUUGCCACCAGAUAGUACAAACUCAAAGAUACAAUUCAUAACAGAUACAAGUACUAACUCCUUCGUGCAAAGUAAUGACCACUCCUUUACAUUACAUUGGGGUGCAUUUGAAGACCUUUCCGAGCUAAAGACUUAUAGUGCUCAACUUUCGCAUGAUGGCGUCACGCUCCUUGAUUGGAUAGACGUUCAAAACAAAAAUUACCUUCGCAUUUCUGGCGUUGGGAUGAAGGAGAACCAGAACUACACAGUAUGUGUGACAGGGCGAAACCUUGGAGGAAAGGAAAGUCAAAUUAUCAGUAAUUCGAUUACAGUACACAAAAAGAGACCAGUCCUGACAGGUAAACUAGAGAAGAACUAUGAUUUAAAUAUCCGUAAUGCUUUAUUUAGCAAAAGGAUGUUCAAGUUUAUAUUGAGAUAA